CACAAAAAAUUUCCAAUUUCUUAAAACAUGUCCUGCUCAAAACCAAUCCCUUUUGCUAUCUUACUCUUCUGUGUUUUCCUCCAUUCAGCCAAUGCUGCUGGUCCUCUCUACCACUUUUGCUUCAGCAGCCAAAACUAUACUGCCAACAGCCCAUUUGGUGCAAACUUGAAUACGCUGCUCAAUCUUCUCUCUGUCCAAGUCCCUCCUUCUGGAUUCGGAGUUGACUCCACCGGCCAAAACGAGAACAAAGUGAACGGGCUCGCUCUGUGUCGCGGUGAUGUCUCGAGCACAGACUGUAAAACCUGUAUAAUUGAUGCAAGCAAAGAGCUUAAAAAUCGCUGCCCAUAUAACAAAGGAGCUAUAAUUUGGUACGACAAUUGCCUCUUGAAGUACUCGGAUUCGGACUUCUUUGGCCAAAUUGACAACCAAAACAAGUUCUAUAUGUGGAACGUUCAAGAUGUGGAAAAUCCUGAAUCAUUCAAUCCCAAAGUUAAGGAAUUGCUAAGUAGUUUAUCAUAUAAAGCCUCGGCUACAUCGAAGUUGUUCGCGACAGGGGAGCUAGAACUUGAAAAGUCGGAGAAACUAUAUGGUUUGGCUCAGUGCACCAGGGACAUAUCUAGCGAUGAUUGUAAGAAGUGUCUUGAUGGUGCAAUAAGCGAACUCCCAAAUUGUUGCUCUGGGAAACGAGGCGGUAGGGUUGUAGGUGGAAGCUGUAAUGUUAGAUAUGAGCUUUACCCUAUUGUUGCUACUACUUAUUAGACCACAUUUAUGUAUGGUAGAAUAAAUAUGUAUGCAUGAAAUGUUGUUUUACUGCUCAAAUUAUGAUAAAGCAAAAUAAAGGCACUAUAUGUGGUGCUUCUCUUUUAUAAUUUAGUCAUAUAGUGUCAUGUGAGACCAACUACUAGCAAAUUGUUUAUUUCUAGUAAACAAUAAGGUAAGUCUGAAAUGCAAGAGUGUAAUGUAUUAAGUAUUAUAUUGGAUUGGAUUAUAUUGUGUUAGAAUAUAUUGUAUUAAUA